GUCGACGAGAACACGUACUUUAUCACAAAAAACGGUGGCAGUGACAUAUAGCUAUAGAUUGUUCUUACUCACACCUCCGAUGAUAUUUCUCUGUCCAUUUGUGCUCGCUUCGUUGGCGAUUUCCGCGGUCCAGGCCGGUUCGUACGCCCAUGACGCCAACGUCAUUGAAUUGACACCAGCAAAUUUCGACAAGGUAGUCCACGGCACAAACUACUCCACAAUUAUCGAGUUCUAUGCCCCAUGGUGUGGUCACUGUAAACAGUUGUUCCCAAAGUACAAGAAGGUUGGGAAGGUGGUCUCGGACUUGGCGGUUCAGGUGGCGGCCGUCGACUGCGACGAGCAGCAGAAUAAGCAGUUGUGCUCCCAGCAGCGAAUUGAGGGAUUUCCUACGUUAAUGGUAUUCAGACCGUCAAAGUACAGUCAUGACAGCCCUCCUCCUAAGAAGAGCCUGCAUGCCGGUGAGGUAUACAGGGGUGCCAGAGAGGUAAAGCCGAUAGUUGACUUUCUCACCUCCAGAAUCAAAAACUACGUCAAAAAGAUCGGCAGACCAGAACAUAUCGGGAAAUUCGUGGCUCAGGAAAAAACUAAGCAUAAAAACAAGGUUAUCUUGUUCACCAGCAAGUCCAACCCGUCUCCGUUAAUCAAGACCGUCGCCAUUGAUUUCUUGGAAACCUUGGAGUUUGCGUUUUUGAAGGUCAAGGCUGACGAAACAGCCCGCAUCAAUGCAGUCUUGAAUAGCGAUCUCGAUUUUGCCAAGUCUGUGUUAGUGGUGUAUGACGUGGUCAAUGGUACAUACACACCACUCACUGGCGAAUUGACUAAGGAGUCAAUCGAGAAGUUUUUGCUAGACAGCGGUGCUAAACCAUUGGAAGGGCCGUUGAGCAAGAGAGGCCGCUACAUUGGGGACGUCAAGGAGGGAAAGGCCUCCAAGAAGGCGAGCAAGCCAAAAUCGAAGGCUGGUAAAAAUACCAAAUCUCGGGCUGUGAACGAUGAGUUGUAAUGGGUGUAAGCUUUCACUGAAAUAGAACUAACUUGCUGGUAAUAAU